ACAAGGAUGAGAACUACUUCCCACCUUGACCUGUUAGUCGAGGAAUGGCUUGCCAUUGAUGUGAACCCAGAGACUCGUGAAGAAAUUUUCCAAUUGCAGAAAAGGGCUCAAUAUGAAGAGUUAGAUAAGAGAUUAAGUACCCGAAUUGCCUUUGGUACUGCUGGCCUUCGGUCAAGUAUGCAAGCCGGAUUUGCUCAUAUGAAUGAUGUGACCGUGUUGCAGGCUUCCCAGGGACUCGUCCAAUACCUUUGCGAGAAUGUGGGAAACUCGAAAGACCUUUCAAUUGUGGUUGGAUAUGAUCAUAGACACAAUUCGCAAAGAUUUGCAGAAUUAACGGCAAGUUGUGCGCUUCUCCGAGGGUUCAAGGUUUAUUAUCUUGGAUCCAUUACUGCGUUAUCUAGACAGUCACUUGCUCUUUCUAAGACCGAAUCGGCUCUGUUUGUCGUCUGUGAGAGUUAUGACAGUGUGGUACACACCCCAAUGGUUCCAUUUUCAAUAAAUCAUUAUGGUGCUUCAGCUGGGGUUAUGGUAACUGCCUCGCAUAACCCUGCUCAAGACAAUGGAUAUAAAGUAUACUAUAGCAACGGAUGUCAGAUCAUCCCACCACAUGACGAUGGUAUAGCGACUUCGAUCUCAAAUAAUUUGAUCCCGUGGGAUGGUGUUUGGGAUAUUGUUGAACAAUUUACAAAUGGGAUUAUAAGUGGGAAAUUGGUUAAUAUCCAUGAGGAAGCUCAUGACAAGUAUCUUGAUGCCAUGACAGCAUUGAUAAACCCUCCUUAUUGUCAAUUGGAUUAUCUGUUUGUUUACACCCCAGUUCAUGGGGUUGGGUUAGAUAUUUUUGCAAAGAUGUACCGUCAAUUCUUUGAUCUGAAAGACGGAUUUUCAGUAGCUUUAGAGCAAGCUUAUCCAGAUCCGGAUUUCCCAACCGUUAGUUUCCCUAAUCCUGAAGAAAAGGGUGCAUUAGAUAUUGCCAUGCAACAGGCCGAUAAAUUGAACCGUAACCUUGUAGUUGCCAACGAUCCAGACGCUGACAGGUUCAGUGUAGCUGUUAAGUCAAGCACUACUGGAACUUGGAAACAACUUACUGGGAAUGAAAUUGGGUUUCUCUUCGCAAUGUGGACGAUUGAACAAACUCCGAAAUAUGACUUGGAAAAGACAUAUCUUGUAAAUUCAACCGUUUCAUCGCAGGUACUUAAAUCCAUGGCUGAUUACCAUGGAUUCCAUUUCGAAGAUACACUCACUGGAUUCAAAUGGAUUGGGAAUAGAGCCAUUGAAUUGAAAAAAGCAGGAUGGAAAGUCCCAUUCGGUUACGAGGAAGCUAUUGGAUACAUGUUUGGACUGGUGAAUGAUAAGGAUGGAAUUGCAGCAUCAGCUAUUUGGUUACAAUUGUAUCAGAAAUGGUUUGCCAAUAACCAGGGUAAAUCUGCCCUUGACAAACUUGUAGAAGGAUAUGAAAGAUAUGGAUGGUUUAAAGAAUGUAAUGGGUACUACAAAUUGGAUGAUUUAUCGAAAACUGCAAAGAUUUUCCAAACCGAUAUUAGACAGUCAUUUGAUGGUGAUUUCCCAAAUAAUAUAGGUGAUUUAGAGGUUAUUUCUUGGAGAGAUCUUACUAUUGGGUACGAUUCAACUACUAAAAGUCAUAAACCAAAACUUCCAACUGAUGCAAAAUCACAAAUGAUCACGGCUACGGUGAGACCUAAGGACGGUUCUAAAGAUGAACUGAUUAGAUUCACCUGUCGUGGAUCUGGAACUGAACCUAAAUUAAAAGUCUACAUUGAGGCAAAGUCAAAUUUGGGUGAAGAAAGAGCAACAGAACUUGCAAGGUAUUGUUGGGACACUCUCAAAACCCAAUGGUUUAAGCCCGAAAUCAAUGGAUUGAAAGAAGUAGUAUAA